UGACAAGUGCUGUUUUUAAUGAAGAGGUGUCAGGAGGAAGAAUCCAGUGCCUCAUCUCAAAGCAACAACACCCUUGAAUGAAGUAACCCACACGCUUAGCUCCGAAUCUGAGGCCCAUGGUCGCCAAGGGUCACUUCGUCAGCCCUGCCUCGGAUGGUGCAAGAUGAGGUCAUCGAGGAGCCAGUACCAAAAACAAUGCUGUGGCGUCGACCAAGCGCCAAGUUAAUUGAAUUCACUUUUUGUAGGGAAUACAAACCACAUGACGUGAUUCAAGAAGAUGAUGAGAAAUGUGGCGGUGGUGGCUCGCCAGGCAUACACUUGCCUGUGCAAGCCAUCAUAUUGUCAUUCCCAUCGUGUGUGCAAUGCAACAUUGUAUCAAGCUAGACAAAUUCAUAAAACAUCAGUGAUGUCUGUCCUAGACAAAGAUGUGGACAAGAGAGCUGUGACUAGUGCAUCGCUUAAAACGGUCAAAGAGGAAACGCCUUCUGAGGAGGUUGAAAUCAAGCUGGAAGGCAUGAUGGCGUCGGGUAUACCAUUUCCCUCACUGGAGACCCAUUCCAUGGUCAUCGAUGGCACACGCUACGAUGAGCUGCCAAUUGUUCAUAUUCAGGCUACUCGGAACAACACCAUCGUGGCCUUGACAGACUUUAAAGGUGACAUCAUCACCUCAUCGUCUGCAGGUGCUGAAGGAUUCAGAAAUGCUAGGAAGGGUACGAAUAUAGCAGGACAAGCUGUUGGUUUAACUAUAGGAAAGCGAGCAGUUGAAAGAGGGUUAAAGUUUUUACGUGUUGCUGCCAGGGAAUACGGCCCUGGAAGACUGCCAGCUAUCAAAGGACUCCAGAUGAGUGGACUUCAGAUCGUUUCAAUAACAGACUCCACAAGAGCACCAUUUAACACUGGCCGUCCAAGGAAACAAAAACGAUUAUAAAGACAAUUUAGGAAUUAUUAUUAUUUUGUGCUGUUUGUUUUGUGAUUAAUAUAGGAUGAUAUUCUCUGUUACGAAGUGAAUACCAUUUGAAAACUGCGAACUAUUCCUUCAAUUUUUGGAUUUAACCAUAGAGUCGGAGCCAAAUUAUUUGAACUUGAGAGAUGCCCUUAUUAACUAAAUAAACAUCGACAUUACAACCCUUUGAGAAAUUGUGGUUUACUUGUAAGUUGAAGAUUGAAAUCUUCACUGCUUAUUUGUAUAAAUAAACUGAUUUCUACGA